AUGGAAUUUUUAACUAAGGAACAACAAAUUGCUUUUAUCCGACGAGAAUUUUUGAGAUUGGUAUCUGAAAAACAUAAGCGAAAAGAAACAGCUUGUCAUAAACGUAAACGAACUGAUGAACCUGAUGAUGAUACUGAACCAAGUUCAUCAGCUGUCGGUGAUGCUCGUCGAGAUGAACAAGAUGAUGAUAAUACAAUUAGUCGACAGCAAUCAAUUAUAUUAAUAAAAAGAGUCGGUUUUAAUGUAACUGAUGGCGAAUUAUCUGAUUUAGUUUUUGAUCAAGAUGUAAAUUCCGAUGACAAAGUCGAUAUUGAUGGUAUUAUUAGUAUUAUUAAUCAUCUUUCUGAUCGACGACCUGUUCCAGUUAUAUUGGAUACACCUGUAAGUCAUUUUUUCAUUUUUUAUUCGUUCGCUACGCGUCAAAACAGAUAAAGAUUCGUUGUUUCUUUCCUCUUCGUCAAGCAAAUUUCUUUUUUUUCUUUGAACAUAUAGACGGAUAAAAAGAAAAAAUUAAUAUGUUCAUUGUAUAGGGUCACUCAAGAAUGACAUAUAUAUAUAGGAUAAUUUACUUUCGUUCUUCUUAGUUCAACAUGGCAGAAAAAGUAGGUGACAAAAACAAUUUAUAGAGUAAUGUAGCACAAUUAAAAAAGGACUUUUCAUUCUUUUUUCACUUUAAAUUGGUACAAUUUUUUUUCACAACCUUCAGAUAUAGAUAGAGUAAGGGAACUUUUAUCCACUCGUGUAAAAAUUUUCCAAAUUCUAUGCACAGAUGUGUAUCUUGUCUUUUUUUUUCAAAUACUUCAAAUGACCUUUUUCUCAUAUUUGAAAAGAACCAAUUGGAUAACUACCCUAGAACUUAAGGAAAAUCGGACAAAUGCAUGUAUUUUACACAGGACACUUAAAAUUAACUGUGCUUAUUAGGUAAUUAAAAUUAAUUAGUC